UUUAAAACGAAGCUAUUCGGCCUUGCUCAGACCUGUACCUGGAAGGUGGAAAGCAUGUGGAAUCUUAGUUCCCAGACCAGGGAUCGAACCCACGCCCCCCUGCAUUGGAAGCGUGAAGUCUUAUCACUGGACCAGCAGGGAAGUCCCUUCGCCUGUAUCAAAAAGAGCCACAUCAAGUCAAAACACUGGAUCUACACCAGUCAAACAUUGAUGUUCCACAUGGUUCUUUUGUUCAUUUCAGGACCACAUACAGUAAUCUCAUUAAGUACUCUUAGUAUCUGGCACCAAUUCUGGCCCAGUCAUUUGUGAUCCAUGGCUCUUGUGAUAUGCCGAAGAUUUCCAGGCAGUUUCUGUGGAAUGCCUUCCCAUCCAGCUCUAAUCAAGAACCAUGUAAACAAGAAAUUGCUUGGUCAAACCUGUGAGGACUGUGUUCUGACUGCCAAAAUGAUCAGUACUGACACCAGAAUGGCAGCCACUCUCAAGCUGUUAAAACCUUUAAGAUAUCGAGCUUUUUGCAAUCCUUUUACCUACAGUGCAACCCAAAGUGUGGCAUGUUGGACUAUGAGAAGCUGCACAUGGCGCAAAGGACAGGACUCUCCAGAAAACAGCCUCUGCCAUCCUGCCAAGAAAGUUAACAUUUGUAGCACCUCUGCUUCUGGGAGAAUUCUGACAAUUAGCAGUACCCUCCCCAGUUUGGAAGUCAGCAGGGCUUCUGCCUCUAAGGCCAGCACGUUGAAGCCGGGCUCACCCAGGGCCAUGAGAGUUGAUGAAGAGGAUGUAGAAACUUUUGAUUCCUUUGAAGACCCUCGAGUUUUCCUACAGCUAAGACCAGAAUACCAGCUUCACAGCUAUAACAGGUCUGAGACUUGUCAGCCCCUGUCUGUUUCAGAAGGUGAACUAAUUUUGCACAAAGUCACAGUUUAUCAAGAUAAUCUCCAGCCUCAAAUUAUUGCUGACUAUUUUUGUAAGCUGAGCUCUUUGCCUGCAGAGCAGCAUCCUGUUUUGCUGUCCAGUGCCAGCUUUGCUCUGCUCUGCCAGCUGAGUGUGAAAAACAUAAAUCUCUUUGAUGCCCCAGAUCUGAUCAGUAUUUUGAAAGCCUUUGUCAGUUUAGGAAUUCCUCAUUCCCAUUCAAUGCUCGAUGUGUUUGAAACCAAAUUUUGCCAUAAGGUAUGGGAGAUGAGUCUGGAUCAACUUCUCUUGGUGGCUGACCUCUGGCGGUACUUGGGCCGCAGAGUACCUCGGUUUUUAAAAAUCUUUUUUAGUUAUCUUAAUUUGCACUGGAAAGAGCUAUCCUUGUCCCAGCUGAUUCACUUAAUUUAUAUUAUAGGUGAAAGUCGUCAGGCACCUCAGGACCUAAUGAAAAAAUUGGAGUCAUUAAUCCUCAAGUAUAUAGAUUUGAUCAAUUUAGAGGAGGUUGGUACAAUCUGUUUGGGGUUUUUUAAAUCAAGUAGUAGUCUCUCUGAAUUUGUCAUGCGGAAAAUGGGAGACCUGGCUUGUGCUGACAUGCAGCAUCUGAGUAGUUAUGCCUUAGUGAAUAUUCUUAAAAUGUUCCGUUUCACUCAUGUGGAUCACGUAAAUUUCAUGAAACAGUUUGGACAGAUUGCGCCUCAGCGAAUUCCUUCCCUGGGAGUUCAAGGUGUCAUGCACCUGACUCUUGCCUGCUCGGCCUUACGCAUCCUGGAUGAAGGGGUAAUGAAUGCUGUGGCUGCUUCUUUGCCUCCUAGGGUAGCAUACUGUCGAAGUAAAGAUGUUGCCAAGAUUCUGUGGUCAUUUGGAACUCUGAAUUAUAAGCCACCCAAUGCAGAAGAGUUUUAUUCUAGCCUGAUAAAUGAGAUUCACAGAAAGAUGCCUGAGUUCAACCGAUACCCAGAACACCUGCUCACCUGCCUGCUGGGCCUGGCAUUUUCUGAGUACUUUCCAGUAGAGCUCAUAGAUUUCGCUUUGAGUCCAGGGUUUGUCAGGUUAGCUCAGGAGAGAAGUAAGUUUGAGGUCACCAAGGAGCUGUAUACUCUUGAUGGUACAGUUGGCAUUGAGUGUCCAGAUUACAGAGGCAAUCGUCUUAGUUCUCACCUUCAGCAAAAGGCAUUGGAAAUGCUGUGGAAUUUAGCAAGGAAGGAUAUGAACUCAAAGCCUGAAUUCCUAGAAGCUCUCUUUUUACUUGAGACCAUGUUGGGUGGGCCCCAGUAUGUCAAACACCAUAUGAUUUUGCCUCAUACCCGAUCUUCUGAUUUAGAGGUUCAGCUUGAUGUUAACAUGAAGCCAUUACCAUUUAACAGAGAAGCCACACCAACUGAAGAUGUAGCCAAAUUAAGGCUUAAGCAUGUGGGAAUCAGCCUUACAGAUGAUUUGAUGAAUCAGCUACUAAAAGGGAAAUCAAGAGGGCAUUUGCAGGGGGAAACUGAGUCAGACAGUGGGCAGCAGCCCAUGAAAUUAGAGGAGGAGGCGGCCAUACCUAUGGGGAGCUCCCUUUGCAAUACAGCAGACAGAUUGGAGGCCAUGGAGAUGGCUGGCCUGUGCCCCCCGGCCUGCAGGCAGGCCCCACAAGUGAAGCUGGCUAUUCAGUUGACAAACAAGAACCAGUAUUGCUAUGGUUCCAGGGAUCUGCUUGGACUACAUAAUAUGAAGAGGCGGCAGCUGAAUCAGCUUGGGUACCAUGUGGUGGAGUUAUCUCACUGGGAAUGGCUCCCGCUACUGAAACGAACUCGCUUAGAAAAGCUGGCCUUUCUCCAUGAGAAAGUGUUCACCUCUGCUCUCUGAAGGGCCUUCAGGGUCAUUUCUAGUCAUAAAUGCUGUAGAUGUGCACUGUGCCAGGUGUUGUGAAACAGUUAUAAAAGCCAGAAUGUAGAUUUGGUAAUAAAAUCAUCUGUUGAGGAGACUUAGUUGUGUUCUUGUCUGUGGCAGAUAGAAGCUAGCCUACGUUACUGUGAAUUAAUUGUAACCUGGUUCAGUUGUAUAAGUUGCUGUUAAUUUGUGCAGGUAAAUAAUAAACAUCUUAAAAUGUCUUAUGGUCAAGUAGCUCCUAUCUCAUUUUCCUUUCUGUU